UUCAUUAAUGUCAGUUGUCAAAUCAUCAAUCUGCGAGUUCGUGAUUCUUGUAGUAAAUAAACGAAAAAUGUGAAAUUUGAGAACAUCACCUAUCGUAAGAACGUAGGUUUUGGAACCAUGGCAGUCUAUUUAACGAAGAAAAUGUUAUCAAAGAUGAAUCAAGUGAAAUAUCCGUGCGGUUCGCCUGUAAAGAUUGAGACAAGUAAUCGUGAUGAUCCUUGGCCUAGCCUUAUAAACGAGAGCAACAAUAAGGUGUUGCAUCUGUCCAAGGAGAUGAUAUGUAGAGUGUGUGCCAGAAGUGCCUGCCAUCCCCUGAGUGAUCGAAUCAACGGCUACGAUAUUAUGAGUGCUAUACGAAGUGUUUGUAAUAUUACAAUAGAAGUUGAUGAUUCCUUGCCGAAGUUCAUUUGUACUGAAUGUUUGGAAAACCUGAAGAAUGCAAUAAAUUUCAAAACAACAUGUGAAGCAUCUGAUAAGAAAUUUAAGAAAAUAUUAAAUCCAACAGGAAAUCCAGUGACACCAUCAUAUCCCUAUUCUAAACAUGACUUCCAACUAAUACUGCAUCAGAUGAAGAAGAAGAGGAUGGAGAUUCAGGAACAGGCUGCUCAGGAACAGAUGAGGCGGGAAAGACAAAUGCAACAAAAGAAACAACCUAAAGUGAAACAGUUCAAGUGUUCACCUUGUGAUCUGACAUUCCCUAGUAAGGCCGAGUUGAUGGAUCACCGACGGGAGCGGCAGUGUAUGCGGCGCGCGUGUGAUAUCUGUGGCCAACUUGUACUGAGCAUCGCCCAACACAUGCGCCACAUACACAAGCAGACUGUGCCACAUCAGUGCCCUACUUGUGGCAAGGAGUUCCCUAUUAUUGCUAGACUUAAGAAUCACAUGUUGGUCCACACAAACACGUUCAACUUCUUCUGCGACCUGUGCCCAUACAGGUGUAAACACAAAUACUACCUAGUGAUGCACAUGCGCACACAUACCGGUGAGAAACCGUACAAGUGUACUGAGUGCACUGCUACCUUCGUCAACCCUUCCAAUCUCAACAAACACAAGCUCACCCAUCAGGCUAAACAAUUUAAGUGCGUUCUUUGCGAAAAAUCGUUCCGCACGAGCACGGCGCUUCGGGAGCACCACGAGGCCACGCAUAUGAACAUCAAACAUACAUGUAACUACUGCGGACGUGACUUCUGUUACAAGUCGGACUUACGCAAGCAUGAAAUAAGGAACCACAACCGGAUGAAACGUGACUAUGUAGGCGGGGAGCCGACGUACAAGCAAGUGGAGAGGAUGCAGAAGAUGCAAGAGACUGAUGAGAUGGACAAGUGGCGCUCGCAGGAGAUGGCCAUGGCGCAGGUGCCGGUGCCACAGAACACGUACAUCGAACAACAGCCCAAGGAGUACAUCUCCAAUCACACCCUGUUCUACCCCGAUGUCGGUAUGCUGCAGCCGCAACAGCCGCAGCAUCCACAUAUGAUUCAACAACACACUGUAGAGCUGACCCUGCCUGAACUGGGAAUGAAAAAAGACGACGUGAAGUUGUACGAAGCCCAGCAAGGAAUCGGAUAUUACUAAGAUUAUGCAUUUAUAUAUUCUCAGAGCAUAUUAUUUAGUAUUUACAUUAGUUAUCUACUAUGUACGAGUUACACGUGUUUAUCCAUGAAUUAAAUGCUUUAUAUUGUUUAACCGAGCUAAAUCAUGUAACACUGAAGUUAUAAUAAAGAUAAUUAUUAUAUUCUAUACAUAGUACAAAA